CCCAGAUUCAUGUGGGAUUCCUCUGGGUGGUCUGGUUUCCUUCCACAGUUCAAAAACAUAGUGGUAGGUUAAUGUGAUUCUGGGUAAAUUGGCACUAGAGGUCAGUGUGUGCACGUCUGUUUGUCUGCCCUUCCAAUAGCUCCUGCACCCCCAAGACCUUGCAUUUGAAGAAAAUGGAUGGAUGGGUAAUUCUUUCAGGCUUGGUUUUUCUUUGCAUAUAAAGAUUGUGAAUUGAAGUUUAUAGCAACUCCCUCGGGCACUAACCCAGUGUGAAUGAGAUUUUGCCCUGCUUGUCAGGACGUGUGCUUCAUAAAGUUUGAGCUGUGCUUUUUGCACAUCCAUCAAGCAUUCCUUCUGCCAUGUGCAUUGAAGGAAUUUGAACAAUGAAAGUGCUGCAUCCUCCAUUUCAAAUCAAUAGAUUGUUGGGGUCAUGCAUAAUGUUAUUUAAAUAGAGUUCAGAUACAUAAAUAGAGAUCAGAGAUCAGAUUGUUUCAUUGCUUGUGUAGUAUCACUCAUUGGGAUAAAAUACUCUGAGCCCAAGUAAAGUGAUUUCAUUAAACUGCCAGGUACUUUGCUAGAUAAUUGAGUUAAAAUUACCAACAUUAGUUCAAUAAGACUUUGUAUAAACAUCCAAUCAAAAAGACAAAUGGAGUAAGAACAACAGAAGAUGUGCCCAUAUCCAACUUGACUAAUGCAGAUUGUCUGGUUGUUAUUACCAUAAUUUAAGUUAGUUUCAUCAUGAGAAACAUUGCCCAGCAAAUGAAAUGUCUGUCUCAAUGGUCAACAGCCAAAGUCCAAAGAAACCAUGAAACUGGGUCUUUGAAGAACAGGGUCACCACAUUGGCCUAGAACUGUCUUGUCUAUCUUAUCCACCCAUGCAAUUGUUUUCUGACAGCAGUUACUACAGCAUGAGAAAUUCCUGAAAGCAAUAACCUGUCCAUCAAUAGAACAAUCACAGCUCACAGUCUAUAUGAAACUGAUCUCCUUGGAGGCCUUUGGAGAGCAACAUGUUGACAAUUAAAAGACAAUAUGAUCAUCUUCUGUGAGCCAGAGAACAUCUGGAGCAGUGGCAGAAAAAAAGAGGUGGAGUGUUUUAUACAUGGAUACUGUUGUGCUUUGACAGAAGAUAAUGUAUGUAGAGAUAAUGUGAUCUCUUGCUUUAUUCAAGCAAACUGAUGAGAUGUUGCUUCAUGUCAUGAGCUGAUGUGGAGGGGCAUCCCCUUUAACACUAGAACACCUUUGGUAUAGAUUGAGAGCAGCCCUACUGUCCAGUCACAUUUGAUUUAGCCCUUUUCAUUCCUGCAUGCUAAUCCACAAGAGUCCAUUUUCUAGCACGGCAGUGCAGGAUCAUACGAUGCAGGACUACAAUGACACAACUUCAAGAACACAACAUUGUGGUCUUGCCGUGGCCAGCUUUCUCUUCUGAGCUGAGUCUAAUACAACAUCUCCAGUAUAACAUGCCAAAUGACAUUAAUAACUCGCCAAGUUGACAUUAAUAAGAGACAACUACUACCAGCCCCCUCUCGCCAGCUGGAACGUGGGGAAUGAUCAUCACAUAUCAGUUUUUGCAUAGACUGAUCAGGUCCGUGUGUAAACACUGGCAGAAAUACAGCAGCAGGUCUUAUCCAACAUUAACUUAAGUUAUGGUUUCAUAUGGACAAAAUGUUUCAAAUUUCACACAUUAUUUUUGUUCAUGGAUUUUGUGAUUGAGUUUGAUAUCUGAUUAAAAAAUUUGAAUAAAUCCAUUAGACAUAAGAAACAUAAUAAUAAUAUUUGACAUUAUAAUUUCAUUUGUGCAUCAAUCAACAGAAAUCUUUUCAAAACUUGUCUGGACCUCUACAACAAAGUUUUGUAUCCUUCGAGAAAAGUUCUUCUAAAUGAAGGAUCCUUCUAAAUGCAAAAUUAUUAUUAAAUUAAAUAAAUACCAGCAAGAGAUAGUUGUUAAACCUGAUGGGACAGUAUUCAAUAUUCCAUCUCCUUGUUGUUUAUAGAUUGAAAUUUAACAUACUUAAGAAGAAACCUUGCAUUACACUAUUUUGCUUGUGUCUGUCUGUUAAAGAAAUUGUGUGCAAGUCAGGAGCCAUAAAUGGUGCAAUAAUAUAGAAUUUUAUUAUUAUUAUCUGUAAUAAAUUUGAGUCUGCUACUACAAAAUCAGGUGCAAUACUGGAACACUUAAUGUAGCAAUAGAUGUAAUUGACAAAGUUCAGAACUGACAGGAGUCCCAGUUCAAAGGUUCACACAUGAACCAGAUUAAGCAAGGCGCAGGCCUGGGGAGGUGAAGGUUUUGUGGCUGAGAGACUCUUAUGCUCAAAAGACUUCAGUCUCUCGACUCAAGCGAGAGCGAAUAACCAUGUGCAAACAUAGCAGGGACUAGCUGAAUCGAUACUACCCAACACAUACUUAGUGGUUUAUUGUAAAUUUCUGGUGUCUCUGUGCUUAAGAAUAGUUUCUUACAGGUGUGUCCUUCUGUUUAUUUGUUUUUUUUUCUGUCUGGUUGCCUGCCAUUGUCUGGAGUCAGACUCUCACAGGGUGGCUGAAGGGUCUGACUUCCUGACUCCCACUCGAAUCCUCUGACCUCUCUCACCAUCAUUCACCAACUGAAUCGAUUGCAAGAAAUUUCUUUCAUCCCAAUUUAAACUAACCACUGUACAAGGAAAUGGGAAUGUAAUUGUGAAUAUUAUAAUGCUAAGAUUGCAAGAAAACCUAAACAAGGGAUUAAAGUCAAUUGCUCACUGUUCAAAACAUUCCACUAGGCAAGUUCUGCCAUUUGGACUUGUUUUUUCCAGAGUCUACACAAGAAUCCAGUACAUCAGCAAGACAGUAAUAAAAAAUCUAUUUUUCUCGUUUACACUUCUUAUGACCUUUCCAGCACACAGGGUAAAUUAUUCCCGCAAAAGUGAUCUCUGCUUCUUUAUUUGAUAAUAUGCAAAAUCAGCCCUGUUCUGAACAAUCAGCAGAACUGAGAAGCCUUUGAAGCCCGUUAACAAAGAACAGUUUGGUUGUGAAAUAUAUAACUUACGAAUUAUUUUUAAGGACAGUUUAACCUUCUAAGGGAGUUAAUGCUAAUGUUGCUCCCUGGAUGCUUGUAAACCCAUUUGUUCUUUUUAAUCUUUAACCUCCUUCUUGUGGCUCUUUUUUACUUCCCUAUUGCCAUUUUUAAUGAUACAAAUGACAUAAACAUAAACUUUGGAGGAUUAUUAGUCCAUAGUUCAAGAACAUUCAUUGAACAUGCUUUGUUUGCAGUUUGAGGGGACACUGUUGUCAAAUAAACAACAAUUCCUUAAUCUAAGAAAUAAAGUCACUGUAAGCAAAUUUAUGAAAAGUUUGCAAAAUGUAAAUUGACUAAAAAAUACACGAAUUAGUGAUAUGGUAAAAUAUUAAACUUAAACUUGAAAUCUGAGCUCAUUUCUCGGGGUCUCGGGGAUUAAAGAUGUCUUUCCCCAAUAAGCCUUAGCUCCAGUGUAUUGUAAUACUUAUGCUGGUUACCUGAAUGAUAAGUAAUACUUGCUGGUCCCUCCUGGAGGUGAAUGUUCAGGGGCGUGGAGCAGGAAACGUGAAUGCACUAGGUGUGAGGCCUGUGCGGAGACACGCAGCUUCUUCCGAGCUGAGGCGGAGGAGACUCGGUGCUCUGUGGCCGCUGCCGGUCCCGGGGGGGAUGCAAAUAAGAGGGAAAGCGGGAGUUAUACUCGUCACCUCUCAUGUCAGACAGUGCGCUUUCUACCCUUAAAUGGGUUAUUCAUAAUGAUAUACUGUAUGUAAAUACUUCUCUGUGUAAAAUUUCAUCAUUUACUGAAAGAAAUACCGGCAUAUAAAUUGUAACAUUUCUCUUCAUUUUUCUGCAUUAUGAAAAGCUGCAAUUCAAGUAUUUUUUAAUACGGCAUUUUUUACAAUAUACUUUGCAAGUGCUAGUCAUAUUUCCUGUACCACAAAUAGCACUCCAGGGCACAAGAAGAACGUGACACUAUGGAAAUAGGACGGUUCCCAGUAACAAAGCAAUAGUUAAUCAUACUCACAUGACUAUUAUACAAAUCCAGUUUGUUUGUUUCUAAACAUCUUGCUUCGCUUUGCUAGGAAAGCAGAUAUACUGUAACAAUUAAACAGCAGUGAGAAAGAAUGUCCACUUUCUCAUGAAUUUCUCUGGAAUCACCUGUUGACGGAUCUAUGCCGGGCUCUAUGCCAGCACCUCUGAGCGCGCUCCCGCGGGCUCCCGUGUGCGACUGAGGGCGGAGUCACUGCGCGUUCACGGUCCUGACAGGUGGAUCCAGGUGAAAGAGGCGUGUCCCUCCCAUCAGACGCGAACAACAUACCAUCCCCUCGGGAAAGCUGUCAUUGCGAGGACUGGAGGUCGCAACGGCUGGAUCACUUUCGACAAGAUGAUGAACUCAGAGGCUCUGCGGCCGAGCUCCUCCAACACAGGACGGAAGCCCUUGGGAAAGCUGUCGUCUCGGGUGGAAGACGUGAAAAACCCGUGGCGACAGGGCUCCCCUCUGGAGUUCAGCCACAAUGAAGCCGCCAGGCUGGCCACAGACGCCCUGCUAGAGUCCGGAGAGACGGAGUACAGGCGAGUUCUGUCGGAGGAGAGAGAAGUGUCUUUCCUGUCGCCGCUGGAGAUCAAGUAUAUCACGGAGACCGCAGCCAAGAACAUCAGCUCAGACAACAGCAACGCCAAUGGCUCCGACAGGGACUCCCUCCUGGAAGGAGACGCGGUGUCAAUGCUCACCUCCGGGACCUAUUUCCCCAUGAUGUCCGAUGAAGAGCCUCCUGCCCUGGAACUGGGCUGGCCCGAAAUGCAGACCCGCCACGGCCCUUCAGAGACCCAGGUCUACUUCCAGAGAGACAGAUCGCACAACUUGAAAGAUCAUAUUCGUUCCCUUAUUAGCAAAGCCAAAACGGUGAUUGCAAUAGUGAUGGAUCUCUUCACCGACGUCGACUUGUUCUGUGACUUAAUGGAAGCCUCCAACAAGCGCAAGGUUCCAGUGUACAUUCUGCUGGACGAGAGGAACCUGCAGUAUUUCAUUAAUAUGUGCCAGGCUCUGGACGUCCGCAACACACACCUCGGUAACAUGAGAAUCCGUAGUGUGUGCGGAGAUACAUACUGCACUAAGUCUGGGAAGAAGUUCACUGGGCAGGUCCAGGAGAAGUUUUUAAUUAUAGAUUGCGAAGAAGUGAUUGCUGGUUCUUACAGCUUCACAUGGCUGUCAGCACAAGUCCACAGCAACAUGGUACUGCACUUCUCUGGCAGGAUAGCCGAGCUGUUUGACCAUGAGUUCCGUUGCCUCUAUGCUGACUCCGAGAUCAUUGACUGCUUCCAUAAUCCGGAUGAGGAAGGCCUGCCCAGGUAUUGUUCUGGGUUAUCGCCUGCUAACUGGGAGAUGAACAUCAGGCAGGAGAAACCACAGCAGUUGGAGAGGGUAUCCUCUGAGAACUCCAGCAGUCUGUCUGGCAACAGUUUCGAUAGUAUCAAAAAAGCCCCAGGCAUGCCCAUCCCCACUUACAAAGUCAACCAUGAGAAGAAAGAGCCCAACAGUGGCUACUUGAGUCCUGAGAGGAGAGGUCAGAACCUAGUACCGUACAAUCAGAACAGCCAGGGCAGGAGAGGCUCUGCCAAUGGCCUUGGCCUCACUGGAGAGCGCUCUGGGCCUGGCCAUUCCCCUGGAAUAGAGUGGUCCAAAGCUGGACCUGAUCACCUGGGCAGAAACAUGGGUGGGUUGUCUUCAAAGAUUCAUGGUCUGGGUCUGUACGAACCAAAGCAAAACAUCCCUCAGAAUGCAGCUAAGAGCCCCCCUCCACAUGAUCCACACCCUACAGGCAAGCAGAAGACCAUCACUGCUCCUAUUCUUAGUAAAAUCUCAGAUUUCUUCAUUUCUUCUGCAAAGGACAGAGAAACCUUUGCGUUUAGAAAGUCCCCCCCCCACAGCAUGGCCUUUGGCGGGCCAGACCUUUCCCAGAUGGAGCCAGAGUGCAAGCCCCCGUUCCCCCCUGUGCCCCCUGCUGUUGAGGCGCUGCCUGUGGAGAGGCAGCCCCGGCUGAGCCGCCACGAUGAGAAGAGAAUGACGCUGGGGCACAGCAAGCUAGACCUUGUCAACCAGUACAACAAGAUGAAGUCAAAGCAGGUCUACAGCAGGUUUGAGCUCGUGAAGAACAGCAACAACUGAACACCAGUGAGAUGUUUUCCACAGAGCUGUGCUGGUGCUUAAAUAGUGUCCUUGCACAUCCCGUACCUUAUUUGUCGCUAUUGUCAACCAUUAAGAAAGUUGCAUUCCCUCCUUUGGUUAGGGCACUGUGGCUGUGCAUACAAAAAUGGCACUUUAAUCUCUAAAUCUAAAUUAAAAUUUAGAGAAGUGUGACUGUUUCUUACAAUUUUUUAUACACCUUAUACUUAUUUGAAGCUGUGCACCUUACCACUGUGAUUGGUAAGAAUAGAAACAGAUGUUUAUAUAAAGAGCUCACUGUAUCAUCAGUGUCCCUCAUAGAUAUAACAGAGGUCAUGUGGCUUCUUUAAACGUAGCAAAGCCUUAAUUCAUGGUCUGAUGGCUGCGGAAGUGGCAAACUGGUACUUUUAAACAGUGAACUAAUAUAAAGCUUUACUGAUGUGGAAAAGGUCAAUUUUCCACAAUUUCCAAAGGAAGCAUUGUUUCCUGAAAGGAGAUGGUGCUGAAAUCUGUACAGCAUAUUUAUACUUUUUUAAUGGUAAAAAGCCUGUACACAUUUAUUUUGUACUAUAUGAUGUUUAACUGGUAUCAUAAUUUUUAAUAAACUUAAACUGUGAGCAUGACAAACCUGUAUUUUCAGUUCUGUUUGGGCAAGUUCUCUCUUUAAAAUGUUUGGUAUUACCUGAACUUGGUAUUUUUUAAGAAAAGGAACAUCUUUAAAUGUGGUGUCUUCCAAAACGAGUUUUUAAUGAGUAUUGAUUGUUGUAUUUAUUGUUUUGUAUGUAAAGAAAUAUUCAUUUAAAUACAUUUUUAACAUAAUAAUUUUAAGGCACUUCUUUUAAUAAUACACAUUUGUAAACCUGGGUCAGCAUGAAAGGCAAAAAAGAUUUACCUCUACUAGUCCUAGUAAGAAAUGCAUCACAGUAUAACUGUUUACUGUAACAUACUGUACACUACUGUAAAUCUGCAGUGUAGAACACAGUGUAAUUUGCUACUUGGCUUUACUAUAUUUGUUCUUCAUUGUGGUAUAAAGUGAAGUGUCUACGGGAACAGUGCUCUUUCAUGAUGUUUUAAUGGUGUUUUUGGUGCAAAAUUGUCAAUUUACAGAACCCAGGAGGGAAGAGACAGUAAUUCUGUAGAAAUAUCUGAGUUGAAAAAUUGACUUCAGGCUCCCUGAAACGUAGAGGGUUCAGUGACGUACAGAAGUUUUGCUGCACUUGGGCCCUGUGGUGUCACUAACUGCUGUCCAGCUGCUCAUAUACAGUACAUCGGAGCUUACAGCCGCACUUUGUCGUUCAUACAUUCUUCACAUUUCACUGGGAGCUUUUAUUGGGCUGCUGUAAAUAUUCAUACUUUGAGAGACAACAACACAUAAUGUAAUCCUGGGUAGUAGGACAAUUUUUCUGGAAUGUAUGGUUGGUGUCAUUCCCAGUUUUUUUUAUUGGAAAAUAGUUAUUUUCUAGCUGAGCUCCAUUGUGGAGGAGCUGGUGGUUUACGAUUCAGUCUUUCCAUUACAAUGUGAAUUUUCUACAAACGCAUUGAGCAAUGUACAUAAAAAUGGGUUGAUGUGAUGUUUUGUUUACUUUUAGUUUUUAUUUACAUUUUUUAAAUAAAUGUUCUUAUGUGCAGGAUGCAGGAUGUAUUUGACAGUGUUACAAAAAUGUCAGUAGAUUGUAUUGUUUAAGGCCGAUAGUUAUACAAAAGUAAAUUCAGUUGUCUUGAGUAACAAAUUCAACAAAGGCCUGUAAUUUUAUGUAUUAUAGGGUUCCUGUAAAUUUAAAAGUCCUGAAGUAUGAUUGAUUCUGUCUUGAUUAAGAGUAGAAGUAGCUAAACUGGAAAAAAAAAACAGGACAUACUGUCUUGUUCUUUCAGUUGCAGUUAAAAAUAUACCUAGAUUGUAACAAUGUAAAAAAAUAAAGUUUGUUGUAAGAAUUUGA